AUUUUAAACAAAAAAAGAGAGCAGUGUUUUGAGUGUGAGUGCUAAGACAGAAGGCACGAGUGUGAGCAGAGCAGAGCAAAGCAAAGAGUGAAGAAGUAAGCGAGUGUUGUUCGAAAGCUUUCCGAAAGAGCGAUGAAACGGUUUUUCCAAGUAGUAGAAAAAGAUCCAGAGAAAGCUUUGAAGAAAGCGAAAGAGAAUGAAAAACAAGAAAACGAAAACGAAAACGAAACGAACAAGGAAGAACCAUUGAAGUUCGUGACUUGGAACGCCAACAGUUUAUUCCUUCGCGUCAAGAACAAUUGGUCCGAGUUUUCCAACUUCAUCUCCACCUUCGAUCCCGAUGUCAUUGCCAUUCAAGAAGUUCGAAUGCCCGCUGCUGCUUCCGGUUCCCAAUCCAAGUCCGCUCCUAAAAAUCAAGGUGAAAUUAAAGAUGAUUCUAACUCCGCUAGGGAAGAAAAAAGGAUAUUGAUGCGGGCACUUUCAAAUCCACCGUUUGGGAACUAUCGUGUUUGGUGGUCUCUUGCAGAUUCAAAGUAUGCAGGGACAGCACUGUUUGUGAAAAAAUGUUUCAAGCCAAAAAGUGUUGUUUUCAAUCUUGAUAAAAUAGCUUCAAAGCAUGAACCAGAUGGCCGAGUAAUCUUAAUUGAAUUUGAAACAUUUCGUUUAUUGAAUACAUAUGUACCAAAUAAUGGGUGGAAAGAGGAGCCAAACUCAUUUCAAAGGAGAAGAAAAUGGGACAACAGAAUCCUGGAAUUUGUUCACCAAAAUUCAGACAAGCCUUUGAUAUGGUGCGGGGAUCUGAAUGUCAGCCAUGAAGAGAUCGAUGUGAGUCAUCCAGAGUUUUUCAGUACAGCAAAACAAAAUGGUUAUGUUCCUCCAAAUAAAGAGGAUUGCGGGCAGCCUGGAUUUACCUUGGCUGAAAGAGCACGAUUUGGUACCAUCUUAAAAGAGGGAAAUUUGGUAGAUGCCUACAGAUUUCUGCACAAGAAUAAGGACAUGGAGCAGGGCUUCUCAUGGUCUGGAAACCCGAUUGGGAGGUACCGUGGAAAACGGAUGAGAAUAGACUAUUUUUUAGUUUCAGAAAAACUUGAAGAAAAGAUUGUUGCGUGUGAAAUGCUCGGACAAGGGAUAGAGUUAAAAGGUUUCUAUGGAAGUGAUCAUUGUCCAGUUACCUUGGAGCUCUCUCCUAGUUCCAACUCUCAAAAUGAGGAUCCAAUAUAAGUACUAUUAGCUGUUUUACAAAGCCACUGUCAAUCGUCGUCAUCUUAUUUCUCUUUUGUGUAGAUGCUUACGGUUUCGUUAAUGAGAGCUAGGAAACUAUGUCUUGCUGUGUAUCUCUUGCAUGGGCUAGCUGCAUAUAUACUUGCAGAAAUGGUGGUUGUUGUAGGAAUUUUCCCAUGAACUUGAAAUAUUUUUUGGGCAGUACAUAUUACUGCCUUUAAAAUCAAAAUACUUGACAUUUAUGCUUA